AUGGCAGAUAAGGAGCCGCCAAAGUUCACUUUUGGAAGUGCAAAUCCUUCCUCCUCUACACCCACAACACAACCCAACUUCUUCGGCGGCGCAUCAAACACCAGCACCAGUGGAAGCGGUAGCACAGGCGGACUUUUCGGCGGCACAACAGACGACACAUCCGGCAGCUCGCUAUUCGGCGGCGCAUCAUCCACCGGCGGCGGCGGAAGCAGCAACCUCUUCGGCAGCAGACCCACGAGCUCUAGCAAUAACACUACGAACAACACAAACUCUACACGCACCUCAGACGCCAUGGCGGGUCCAGGUAGCGUCCUGUUCGGUGCUUCUCAGGCCAAGAAGACCGAAGGCAACCCGUUUGCCGCGACGUCGCAACAAAACAGCGGCUCGACCACACCACAAGGUCAUCGACCAACCUCAUCCUUUUCUUUCGGAAACUCGACCACUCCAGCUGGCGAGCCCAAGACCGGCAGCGUUAUCGGCCAGAACAAUUCGAGCAAUGGCGGCGGUAUAUUUGGCGGAGGUCAAGCUUCUACAGGCGGUGGAGGAUUCAACUUUGGUCAAUCAGGACAAACCGGCACAGGCACAGGCUCUGGCUCUGGCUCUAGCAUGUUCCCGAAGAAAGACGCGGGACAGAGCGGUCUGGCAGGUGGCUUCGGCACGGCUUCAGCUGGUCAGUCUUCUGGCGGCCUGUUUCAAGGUGCUUCCGCUAGCGGCGCGGCAGGAUCUUCUACCGGUGGGCUCUUCUCAGGAUUAAACAAUGAAAACAACACGACGAGAAACUCUGCCGGCAGCAGCAAUCCUGGCAUCUUCGGUCAAGGCGGAAGCUCUGAUACGCCAAAGAGCGGUGGGUUGUUCUCGGGUCUGAACUCGUCUUCUGCUCCCGCCUCAGCGCCUUCUGGCGGUCAGACUGCUGCGGCCUCGAGCGGCGGCAACCCAUUCGCUGGCCUCAUGGGCGGCAACACCGCGAGCACUCCCACCAACUCCACGCCUGGAGCUGGCGGUCUCUUCAGCGGCUUAGGAGGCAACAGUGCUUCCAGCGGCGCGUCGACCGGGGCUUCGACUACGACUACCUCGGGUCCUACCACUGGCGGCCUCUUCAGCAAUCUCGGAGGCAACCAGAGCAGCACUUCCGCCAGUUCCGCUCCAGCUACUGGAGGCCUUUUCAGCAACCUUGGUGGUAAUAAUACUUCAAGCAAUGCAUCAGCAGGCGGCUCGACUACGACUACUUCCGCUCCAAGCACAGGUGGCCUCUUCAGUAACCUCGGCGGCAACAAUACUUCAAGCACGGCAUCAACUGGCGCAUCUACCACGACUACUCCCGCCCCCACCUCUGGCCCUCGACUCGGUGGCUCUCUUUUCCCAAGUGGUACGCAAGCCUCGCAGGGCCAGUCUGCAACUUCAAGCGCACCUCUGGCCGGUGGUCUUUUCGGUGGUGGUGCGACACCCUCCCAAUCGCAGGCAAACACCACGACAACCACGGCUCCGGCCACGGGCGGCCUGUUUGGUGGUGCUACGGCCGGAACGACAUCAUCUUCUGCUCCAGCAGGAAAUUCGACUCCCGGCACCGCAGGCACAUCAGCUCUUGGAGGAGGUGGUGGUGGCGGCAAUGCUACCAAUCCUCCUCCAGCUGCAGCCGCUGGUGGUGCAGCGCCAAAGGAUGGCACUAGGCUGGCCAACCGGUCUCUGGACGAGAUCUUGACCAUGUGGUCUACAUCAUUGACUCAGCACCAGAAGACCUUCCAGGGCAUCGCCAAGCGUGUCAGCGCAUGGGAUCGGCAGAUGGUCGAGAACAGCAGCAAGAUCGCCACGCUGUAUGGUCGCUGCUUCCAGGCUGAGCGUGAUUGCAGUGAAGUCGAGCGCCAGUUGACGAACGUGGAGCACACGCAGUAUGAGAUUGAGAGUUUCCUCGAUAGAUACGAGAGCGACAUCGACAAGCUGAUGGAAGCGGCUGGCGUUGCUAACGACGGCAUUGGUGGCGUUGACGCUGAGCGCGAGCGCACGUACAAGAUGGCCGAGAAUUGCUCGUCGCGGUUGGGCGAGCUGGACCACGAAUUGGAAGACAUGGUCGACGAGAUUAAUGCCUCCUCUAACAAGCUCACCAACGAUCGGGCCGCCAACGACGACAACGACCCACUGCGGCAGAUCGUCAGCAUCCUUAACCGCCAUUUGAACCAGCUGCAGACGAUCGGCUCGGGCGCACAGGCAUUGCAGGAGAAGGUGGUAUUGGCUCAGAAGGAGGCGCGCAACUUGAGCAAUCAGGGCCUGAAUGGCAACGCAGACCAGUGGCUCGAUGGCUUCGGUCGCUCUUACCUUGGACGUCGCUAA